AAUCGAGAGGAAGGAUUCAAUUUUGAAAAUGGAUGUGGUGGAGAGGACGACGGAGAUGGAGGAAGGCUGUACGACGCCGAGAAGCAGGAAGUGUAGGAUUCCGGUGACGUCUGUUUGUCCACCGCCACCGAGGAAGAAAUCGAUGGUGGUGAGGAGACGAGAUCCGCCGAUGAACGGUUAUUUUCAGCCGCCAGAUCUGGAGACUCUGUUCUAUGCACAGCCUCGACGAGAAGCUUGCGCGUAGAUUUCUUUUUUUUUUUUUUC